GCCGCCGCGGCUCGCCUCCUGGCAACGGGCACACGCGGGUCCUCCUCCCGGGGACAUCACACUCCGGUAUCCGCUCUUCUCUGCCUCUGUCCCCGAAGGCUGGCUGGCUGGCUGGGGCUGCUGACUGGCUGGCUAGCUAAACCCACACGUCGCGUCUUGGCCUCGCUCACACGGCGAGCUAACCCCCCUCCCUUACUCUUUCUCUUUUUUUUUUCGGCUCGCAAAUGACGGUUUUUGCGGCGCAACAGAAGCGGAUUAUUCACGAUGUUUUCGGCGUGGUGUGAAACCCGCGGAGAAAUAUUGGUUUUUACCCCCAUUAUCACACCGGAGGACCGCCCGUGCUUCGUGAAAAUGGAAAAAGGGACACAAUGCAGCAUGCAUGUUCUGCAUUCUUCAGGAGCUCCACGCCGUCGGUGUGAAUGACUUGUGGCUGUAGGUUGUCCUGAGCGGGCCAGGUUCCUGCGCGACAGCCUCCGCGGCUGACUGGGAGGAGUCGAGUGGAGAGCAGACAUCAGUGCCCAGGGGACCUGAGGCCUGGUUCUCCAUAUGAGGCCCUGCUGAAAGGGCAGGGGGGCUUCUGAGUGUGCCCAAGGGCCGUUGAAAGCCCCCUAGGGGGAGUUUCAUAAAUACACAAAGAACAAGAAAAGCCUUCUGGACUAUUGUUUUUGUUUUUACACACUUUCCAUUUCACACACACACACACACACACACACACACACAUCCACAUACACACACACCCACUCACAGACAAGGACGUAGGGAGAAUGUUGGAGGUGCAGGAGGAAAGGCCAGCGGCGGCAGGUACAGCAGCGACACAUUUCACCAAGAAGGAGCGAGCAAAGAAAGACAGAGAGGAGGCCAAGGACGGCCGGGGGAACCUGUCCAACAUCACCAAUCCCGUCUCCGGCUCCAGGAACGUGCGUGCAAAAGCGCCGCUCACACACACAGGCAGCCCUCACCAGCUCAUCACUCCACCCUGUUCUGUAGUCCUGGGAGCCCCAUCAAUGCACUCCAAUAGGCUGAAGAACUCCCCGUCCACCAACACGCAGAGCCCUAAACCUAAGACGGAGGCCAUGGUACGAUCCCCUCCUGUCAUGUCCCCCUCCACUGCUGCCCAGAUGGACUCUAAAAUGCCCAAUCAGAGUAAACCGGGGAGCGCGGGCAGCCAAUCACAGCCCUCCUCCUGCGACCCCAAAACCAUGGGUGCCAAAGCGGCUCAAAAUGUGUCUGGGGGAAUGGGACUAAAAAACGGCCAGGGCCUGACGUCCGGCCCCAGCUCCAAGGUGAAGGCCAAGAGGGAAAGGAGCACCUCAGUGGAGUCGUUUGAGCAGCCAGAGAGUGGCACGCCCACCAAUGAGGACAAAGAUAACAGCAGGGCAAAGAGGAUUUGCGUUGCAGAGAGGAGGCAGCCGUACAGUGGAACCGACUGGUGCUCUGGAGGAGAAAGUGAUGAAGACGACAGAGGUUUUUUCAAUUGUAACUCGAGCGAAGUGAAUCCCCAGGACACACAUUCUACCUCCAACGCCGGACUCAGUCGCUCCUCCACGCCUUCCCACAAUACACUGGGAGGCCAAGGCUCCACAACAGAACCUGCCAGUGGUCAAAAAUCAGGCUCAAAACUUGUCUAUGUCUUCACCACAGAAAUGGCAAACACGGCAGCUGAUGCAGUUCUAACUGGCCACACAGAAAACAUCAUUGCCUUCCACAUGAAAAACUUCAAGGAUAAAGCUCACCUGCUCUUGAACAACGCAUCUGGUGUCCUGCGAAAUGACUCGAACCCUCCUCAGCAACCUCCGUCCCACGCCCAAGAUCAAAGUCACCAGCCAGGAUCGAAGCCGUCCUUAUCUGGAAUGUCGGAGCAAGCACCACCCCAGGCUUCCAGUCAAGGGAGUCAACCCUCUGUUCUCUCGCAGGAGGGAUCGUCCUCCGCUGGCACAGAAUCCAAAAACAUCCCUGGCAGCAGUCCUGGGAACCCUUCAGCCCCUGUUGACCAGGCUCCCGUUGCCCAGCCAGAGGCUGGCCUCAACCCGCCAACAUCUGUUGAAGGAGGACCAGGUGGAGGCACGAGUGGAUCAGGUUUGACGCCACAGCAGCAGCAGCAGCAACAGCAGCUGGCCCAGGAGCUACUCAACAUGGAGGCCAACACGGAAGGCCUGUCCCAGGAACAGCUGGAGCACAGGCAGCGUUCCCUGCAGACCCUACGAGACAUCCAGCGCAUGCUUUUUCCUGACGACCGCGACGCCCCGCCCCCUGGGCCGCCACAACCCCAUGUUGGACCUCACGACGGAGGCCCGGAUGGUCCACCUCGGCGACCGGAGCAGGGACCGCUACAAGCCAUGAUGGCACAGUCUCAGAGCCUUGGACCGCCAGGUGGACCUGGAGGACCUCGUCCACAGGGACCCCCCUUUGGGCCUCCACAUGGCCCAAGGGAGAUGCCUUUAUUUCCCACUGAUGACAUGGUCCCUCCGGGUGGCCCUGGAGGGCCAGGUGGGUGUGGGGAAGGGGAUCAGAUGACACCAGAGCAGGUGGCAUGGCUGAAGUUACAGCAGGAAUUUUAUGAGGAGAAGAGGAAAAAGCAAGAAAUGCAACACCGACCACUUCCUCCAGACAUGAUGCAUCCUGGUCCACGGGGCAUGAUGCGAGGCCCCCCGCCCCCUUACCAGAUGGGUCCAGGAGAGAUGUGGGGGGGGCCAGGUGGUCCACCAGAGCAUUACCCGGAGCGAAUGGGUAUGGGGCCCGGUCCUCGGAGUAUGGGCCCUCAUAUGCAGAGGAUGCCUGGCUUCUCCGGCAUGAUGAAUCCUGAAAUGGAGGGCCUGCCAAGGCCAGGAAUGGGCUGGCCGGACGACAUGCCUCCGAGGAUGGCAGAAGCCCGAGGCUUCCCCGGGGGGCCCGGAGGAAUGUUUCCUGGUCCAGGGGCCCGUGGUGAGCGUUUCCCCAACCCCCAGUCAGUCCAGGAGGCAAUGUUCCAUCAAGGAAUGAGUGGGGAGAAAGGCCUCCCCCCUGGGAUGAUGAUGGAUGUUCAACGGAUGAUGGGACACCAAAGAGGUGGAAUGGAACCCGGUAACGGUAUGGGAAUGUUUCCCAGAAUGCCUGUCGAUGGCCCUAUGAGUCCGUCAUCGAGGAUCCAAGCGAUGGGGGGCAGAGARAUGGGGCCUGAGUUUGGCAUUGGGCCAGGUCCUGGCCCAGGGCCUCAUAUGCAUCCAUCCAAACUACGAGAUGGACCCAUGAACAUGAGUCCCGACGAAAUUAUGAGAAUGAGAACAGGGGGAGGACCGCCAAUGGAGAACAUGGUGCCACAAGGCAGGCCGAUGCAGGUCCCUCCCUUCCCUGAGCAGACACCAGCAGACUUUCCCAUGGGACCAGGGCGGCCCUUCCCUGGGGGCCCUGGAACAUUGAGGGGUCCCCAUGCAGACCCAGCUUUUGGUCCAGAGCACAGAUCAACGCCAUCAGGAGGAAAUGGCCGCAUUAACCACCUUUCCUCCGCUGGUGGUCCGACUCAGGGACAGAGGGGCCGGAAACCAGCCGAUCUAAAUGUCCAAGCAGGAGGGGGGAACUCCCCUAGUGUCAACCCUCUCAAGUCUCCUCCACUGAGGCAAGUUCAGUCCCCCAUGAUGGGCUCCCCCUCCGGGAACCUCAAAUCUCCUCAAACACCAUCCCAGCUCGCUGGCAUGCUCAGCGGUCCCGCGGGCCCCAGCGCACCUCCGGCUCCUCCAACAUCUGCACCAAUGAAAUCCCCCCACUCCAUGAUGGGAUCAGCAGGCGCCUCUCCUGUUCACAUGAGGUCCCCAUCUCUUCCAAACCCCUCUCCAGGAUGGGCCUCCUCACCAAAACCACCCAUGCAGAGUCCUGGAGUGCCCCCCCAGGGUGGCAAGCCUCCACUAAGCAUCACUUCACCAAACAUGAUGGGGGGCAUGGAGCCGGGGGGUAACGGGCCUCCCUCGGCUCCUCCCUCAUCGGGGGCUCCAUCUGGCUCCAUGUCCCUCCCAGGAAAUGUCCCGUCUGGCAGUCCGUACACCAUACCACCGGAACCAACACUCUCCCAGAACCCGCUGUCCAUCAUGAUGUCACGCAUGUCCAAGUUUGCGAUGCCCAGUUCGACCCCGCUUUACCACGAUGCCAUAAAAACUGUAGCCAGCUCGGACGACGACUCGCCCCCAGCUCGCUCUCCCAACCUGCCUUCAGUGAACAACGGUAUGGCAMUGAAUCACCAAGGAAAUCCUCGCAUGAUGGGACCUGGAAACACUGGACCCAUGCCUGCGCUCAGUCCUCUGGGCAUGAAUCCCUUGGGUUCCCAGCCUCUUUCUCAUGGCAUGCCCCCUCAGAUGCCCUCUCCGAAUGCCCCCAAUAUGGGCCCAGGCAUGAUGUCUCACGGCAUGAUGAUGCAACCAAACCCACAAGACCCUGGUAUGCCAAAUCCUCAAAUGAUGCCUCAAGGACGCAUGGGUUACCCACACCGAAACCAGGGUUACCCCCUCACACAGUCCCCAUCCCAACAAGGCCCCUUCUCCCCACACAAUGGCCCAGGCCCCCAAGGCUUCCCUGGUCAUUCAAUGGGGUUCCAGGGCGAACCGGGACCUAUGGGAGGUCRGAUGGGGAACAUGCCUCAUGGGGGAGGGGGUGAUGGGGGCAUGUGCAAGCCAAACACCCCUGGUGGGCCGGAGUUCAACAACAUGCAAGGAGGAUUUGGAGAUGCAGACCUUCAUGAAGUGAUGCGGCCGGGAGCAUCUGGCAUUCCCGAGUUUGAUCUGUCCAGGAUAAUCCCGUCGGAGAAACCCAGUCAGACUCUGUCGUACUUCCCCAGAGGCGGAGGGGAAAACCCCGGGGGUAAACCGCCUCACCCGUCUGGGUUUCCAAUGCAGGCCAUGAUGGCCGACGGUCCACCAAGGAUGGGGAUGCCCAUGCAGGGGAUGGGGGGUAUGUCUGGUGGACCYGGUGGGGGAAUGGGCCCCCAAGACAUGCCAAUGGGCAACCCAGGUCACAAUUCAAUGCGACCACCAGGAUUCAUGGGCCAAGGCAUGAUGGGCCCUCAACACCGGAUGAUGUCUCCUGGGGGUCCUGGAGGGAUGAUGCAGGGGAGACAAAUGGCCCACCCAGGUCCCGGUGGCUCACCUAACAUGAUGAUGUCACUACAGGGCAUGGGUGGCCCUCCACAACAGACGAUGAUGAUGGGGGGCCAAAUGAGGCCUCGUGACAUGGACAUGGGGUUCAGUCCGGGCCAUGGAAUGUUCUAAUCCAACAAAAACCUUGUAACUAGAAUGUUCUUGGACAAAAACAUGAGGAAGAUGAAAAGGAUUACGGAGUGUAGCAAGUAUUCAGAAACAGACGGACUCAAGUCAAUGAGACGAAACRCAAAAUGAACGUCAUGGAGCGAACCUGUUGCCUAGUGAUGUCUUGUGGGGGGACAAUUCCAGCUACGGAGACUAAGACGGGGCCUGGUUUGAUGUACUUUUUCUCACACAAACAUUUAAUUUUGACUCAAGAACUCGCAGAAUGUACGAGAUUGUUGUGCAUCAAUUUCGCAGAACUGUUCGUGGGGUUUCUUUUGUUUUUGUUUUUUUUUGAUUAUCUGACUGUAAAGAUGACUGACAUCAAAGAGGAACCAACCUUAAAACUAAAAUGUCAGCGUGGAGAUGCUACAGUAUAUGUCAACUUUUUUUCAAAUUAAAAAACAAAAAAAAAAUCAACAAAAAUUUCACAAAAGUGAUAUGGAACCAGAGAAAGGAGGAGGAAUACUUUGUGCUUUGUGAAGACUUUAGUGGAAAUCCAUCUUGUCUCUCGCUCCAUUGUUUUUUGACUGUUUCUGUACAGUAUAUACGUGAGGGUGUGUUUGUGUGCUUGACAGAUUGUAUGUUUGUGUGGUAUGUGUGUGUCUGUAUGUAUAGGCAUUCUAUCAGUGACCUCUUAACGCCUCUUACCCAGCUUUCAUUGGGGUGGAGGAACGCCCCCUUAAAAAUACUGUACGGUUUACCAUUGGUGGGCUAUUCAAAUUUUAGUCUAUUUUAAUUUCCUUUGUAACUCCAGUGUAUAACAAACCAAACUAUGACCUCAUUAAGAUAAUAGUAUUAUUAAAAAAAGCACAAACAUGGA